ACGACGACGGCCUAACCCAAUUCCAAUAUGCCUAAGAACGUUACGGAUUUUAGUGACAGAAAUCAGCACGAUAUGAACCAGGUGUCAACCCCUUCACGAGAGGAGAGGUCAACUCCUUCUCCAAAUUUUAAUUCGGAAAACGCACCUGACAACGAGAACAAUGCCAUGUCGAAAGCUUUACAGAAUCCGGUGAUUCUCGACGCCAUCUUCGCCCAGCUCAGCCUCUCCGAUGUGAAGACGUGUCGUCUCGUCUGCCAGAAGUGGAACGAUGUCGGGGUCAAAACAUUAGGAAAACGGGCUUAUUUCCCCGUCAACAAGCUUUUUUCCUACAAUGCCCCCAAGUUUAAUGAGCUUCCCCCCGUCAACGACCAACUGAUGCGAGGCCUCCUCAUCUCCGACAAGUUCGACCGAUCCAUCCGGUCGGACAAGAAAAAGACCGAAGUAAUCACAAAAGGGCUCACCCACGUGUCCAACUUAACUCAUGAAAUCAAAUUUCUCGCCGCCAAGGAGGAAUUUGUCCCCGCUUUCUUUAAAGGAAUAAGGGCCUUGGGGUCCAUUAAGGUCUAGCGAAUUGACAUCCGCGGCACCUGGGAAGCCACACGAACUACACAAUUCCUGCCGAGGCGGGUCAAAAACUCCCGUCCCAACCGAACUUGACCUCGCUCAGGUUCCAUGAUAGCUCGGCAAACCAUUAUGCCGCCGCCUGCCUGGAAUUUCAAUCCCUGAUCAAAAUCUGGCUCGAUGCUGCUACAAAUUUGACCACGCUGGACGUCGCGGCGUCUCUCUGUCCGAAUUUGGAGGGGUGUAAAAGUCUCAAAGUGCUGAAAUUUAAGUUCGUAAUACGCUAUGGGCAAGCCCGUAAUCCCAACUUGGACAAUGUGAUCAAGAUGCUGGGAC